AUACAAGAAGUAUAAAAUUAAAAUCCAACCCAAAUUUCACCAUAAAAAUCCCAUCUUUCGACUGCCCUAACAAACAUUUGUGCAAUUUUCACAAUGUCCAAUCCCAAAUUGACCUCUCUCGUCUUCUUCCUUUUCGUCAUCUCCUUUCCGACGAUUGAAUCAACCACUUUUCCGGCGGACACCGCCGCCCUGGCGGCAUUCAAAUCGGCCGUCAAACCUUCAUCCAUACCCCCCUCCUCCUGCCUCGCCUCCUGGAAUUUCUCCGCCGCCGAUCCCUGCGGCGUCCCGAGGAUCUCCCACUUCACCUGUGGAGUCACCUGCUCUGGCAACCGUGUCGUCCAGAUAACCCUAGACUCGCAGGGCUACGUCGGAACCCUAACUCCGGCCAUCUCUAAGCUCUCCCAGCUGAUCGCGCUUGAUCUCGGCGACAACAGCUUUUACGGUGCGAUACCUUCCUCGAUUUCGUCGAUUACCAAUUUGGAAACGCUGAUCCUCCGCGUUAACUCGUUCUCCGGCCCCGUUCCGGCGGCAAUCGCUAAACUUUCCGCUCUGGAAACCCUCGACCUAUCUCGGAACCAGCUUUCCGGCCACUUGCCGGACCUUAGCUCCCUCGCCGGACUGACGAGGCUCGACGCGAGUUACAACAGACUCACCGGACCACUCCCCAGUCUCCCCCCAAAUCUCCACGAAUUAGCCCUCAAGGCCAAUUCCCUCUCCGGCAGUCUAACAAAAUCCUCCUUCGCCGGAAAAAAUCGGUUGGUGGUGAUCGAACUCAGCGAGAAUUCCUUCACUGGAGCGCUGGAAUCGUGGUUCUUCCUUCUGCCGGCGAUACAGCAAGUCGACCUAGCGAACAACGCCUUCGCCGGCAUCGCCGUCUCGAAGCCUCCGGCGAACUUCAACAGCCAACUGGUGGCCGUCAAUUUGAGCUACAACAACAUGGAAGGGCUCCUCCCGGCGACGUUCGCGGACUUUCCGGCGCUCCGAUCGCUGGCGGUAAGCCACAACAAGUUCCGAGGUCCAAUCCCGUGGCAAUACAGCAAGAAGGGAUCGCCGCUCCGGCGAUUGUACCUGGACGGAAAUUACCUUAACGGUCAUCCACCGGCCGGAUUACUCGCCGCCGCGGAGGAGAUUUCCGGUAGCCUGGGAGACAAUUGCCUGCAAAACUGCCCGGUUUCUUCGGGCCUCUGCUCCACGCCGCAGAAACCCAAUUCGAUUUGCCAACAAGCCUACCGCGGGAAACCCUAAAUCUCGAUUUGUCCUAAAAACCUCCAGCUAUUUAUUUGCGCGGUCCCGGGACCACGGUCCCGCCUGCAUUUUCACCGUUGCUUUGUGGACCCACUCCUCCUCACCGACGCUAUCAACGGUGGAUGUUAACCGGCGCUGAUGUCACGGGACUCCCGAGUAUCGCUAUUCAUUCCAGAGUAGGAACAGGAUAGGUACUAAACAGAUAUUCGUAUGUAGUUAUAAUAAUAAAAUAUAUAUAUUUUUUAAUAUCAAUUCAUGUAUUUAAUUUUUCAUAUCUCUGCACAAGUACAUAAUAACAUAAAUAAAUACUACUCGUAAAUUGUCACAAGAUGGACCAUUCUGAAUAGUUUAAACUUAAUUAUAUAUUACUAUAAUCUAAAUUAAAUUAAACUAAAGCAUAGCAUAAUUUUGGAUGUGAUACUGAUGGAGAAAUAAUCAUGGAAAUGAAUGUUAAUGAUGCUUUUUUUUUUUUUUUAAGGUAAUAGAGUUGACCUUUGUCGGUUUCCUGUUGGCAUCCGAUGUUGUAAUAAUAACUCUUCUUUUUAAGAAAAUUUUUGUGCGAUUACUUGUGGUUUUUA